AGGAUUCAAACCCAGCUGCACCCUCCCGCCUCCGGAGGACACCCUCAACCAGAGGACCAACCCGUCCUCGGCUACAGCCACAGCCAGCACAGCCAUAUUCGAGCAGGAAACCAGCGCCCACCUCCCCCGUACGGUACAGCGCGCACCUCGGAGCGCGCGCGACUCUGGGCGGCACGCGGACAAAGCGGCUCCGCUGCGAACGAGGCGCAGAGACAUGGUGGUGGUGGCGCGUUCGCUGCAGACGCGGCGCCGCUCGUGCUGCUGGGCAGCUGCGCGCUCCAUGCUGCUGAUGCUGGGGGUCCUCGCGAUGAAGGGUUGCCCUGCAUCAUCCAUGGACGUGGUGGUGACUCACAAGAUGAACGCCCUCAACGGCACCACGAUCAGGCUGUCCUGCAUCUUUAACUCCUGCUACAAGGUGGACAACAGUAAGUUUGCCAUGAACUGGACCUACCAGGAGACGUUCAAUGACACAGAAGAGAUGUUCAUGACCUAUAAACAACGGAUGACCGUGCUGCGCACAGAGAAGUUUGGAGACAGAGUGGUGUUUUCUGGGAACCUGGAGAAGAACGAUGUGUCAUUCACCAUCUCUGAUGUCCAGCUGACUGACGACGGGAUUUACAACUGCUAUGUGCGCAACCCCCCUGACCGCCAGCAGGGCAAGGGAAUUAUCAAACUCAAUGUCCUCACAGAGUUGCCCCCUCCACGGGACUCCACCAUUGCAGUAGUGGUGGGGGCAUCAGUGGGAGGCAUCCUGGCUCUACUCAUCCUCUCUAUGGUGGUGGUGAAGUGUGUGCGCCGCCGGAGGAAGCAAGAACUCAUCUCUGAUGAGCAGAAGAUAGAGGAAGAGGGCAAAACGGAGGGAGACGGAGGCACUGAAGAGGGCACCAAACAUGCAUACUCCCUACCUGAAGAUAAAUACUGAACCUGGCUUGAACGACCAUCCUCCGACCUGCACAUCCCACAAAUCCAGUACGUCCCACCCCAGUAGACAAUGUUCUCUGCUUUCCUGGAGGUUUCUGCCAACACUGCUAUCUUCUGCCACUUUGCCCUGUGCUCGUUGCUUGGAGAUCUCAAACUGGAGAAGACGACCAAGUUCUAAAGUAUGUUCUUGGCAUGUGACUUCAAAGCUGUCCUCCCACUAUGGCUUCUUCUGAAAGCUUUUUGGGUGGCUGGGGUGCUGUCAUGAUAAGCAACUUAUCAUUUUCUGGUACAGAAUACCAUUUUCCUCUUUGUGCCCAUUCAUUUUUAUUUCAUUCUCUAACCGCCCCAGAUUCUUUCUCUUAGAUACUGCCUAGAGAAACAGUUAUUGUAGAUGGAAGUUCAGAAAACACUGAGCCUGGAAAGUGCUGAAGACAAACGGAUGUGAAUGGACGCCGAAUAUAACUUACACGGGAGUGGCAGCCGAAACUAAUUCCAUUCUUUCUCUGUAUCACACAAUAAUCUGUUUCAGUUUCUUUUCACUCAUUAGCAUUUUGGAAAGGGGCCAGUUACUUCCAAUCUCACUAACCACUGGGUUGUAAUCCCUGGGUUGUGUGUACAGGUCAACAGAUGACAUUCCAUGGAAACUGCAUGGCUUUUUUUCCAGACUUUAGUAGAUUUCAGUAAUAGGAUGUGUGUUGAAGUGAAUACGUGUGACGAGCCCACGUGCACAUUUGUGUAGAACAGCAACAUGCGCACGAGUGUGCCGUGUCCGCAGUCCGGCGAGUGACUCUUGACACGCGUGCGACUUGUGAGCCAUGGCUGGCGAUUACCUUUAGCAUGGUAGCGUGUCUGUGCUCUUUGUGUGAAUGUGUUGAGCUUGUUGCCUGAAUGAAAUCGCUAGGAUUUCAUCCGUUCAGUUCAGAGCUGUUAUUCCAGGAUUUUUAUCCCAGCCUGUAUUGCUAGCUGCAGAUUAGCAUUGCAACCACUGUAAUUAGCAUCAAACUUUAGCAUGUAGACUUGUUUAGAUACCUGUAAAAGUGUAUGUGGUGCUGUGCGGUCUGGCUUCCUCAUCUAGUCGGCGUACGUUUCUGACCAUUCGGAUCCAGGUUACCGAACCGAGGUCCCACACUGCCGUAAUGUAUGCAGGCUUUGGCAGACACCGGAGCCAGCCGAUAUAACAAACUGCGGUCUCGACAGGCCCGACUCGCUCCCCGGUUUAGCUUCCCCCUCUGCUCUGAAAGUAUUCAUAGGUUCGCAGGCCGUGGAGAGUUUAGUAGCCCCGACUGAGCUCAGGCCCCUAAGCAAAAACAAAGUGCUUUCCUUUCUAAAGCUCCUCCACACAUACACACACAAAACACACCUAACAAACACAAAAACACACAUAUUCAGUCACCCACCAAACCACGUUCUCUAAAACUGCCUCUCAACAGACUACAGUACCCAGAGACAUAAGGAUGUGUACAUGCACAGUACACCUUCAGGGAAUAAAAUAUUGUGACUAAAAAGAUUUAUAAAGCUAUAUUUUUGCUUUUUAUCGAAAACAAAGCCAGCACUGUAAACAGUAUAUAAUUUUUGCUCUCUACUAUUAACAGAAAUUUUUUGACUGAAGUUGUUUGAAUGUAUGAAACCCCCACCACGUGUUCAUUUGUGGUACUUUUAUAUUGCUACUGGUGAAGAACUGAGUUAUGUGUGAACUAGGUUCAGAUUUUGAUCGACUUGUGAAUUGCAGUUUAUUACACUCGUUAUGUUUCGGUUUGGGUGUUUAGGGAGAACUAAACCAUUUUGCCCCGUGCACUGUGUGAGGAAGGAUUUACAAAUGCUUUUUGCAAAUCUAUACCUGCUGAUUAAAAGAUAUGUUGCGCUGGCACCAUCACACAAAAUAAAAACAGACUGCCAUCUUGAUAGUGCCAGCUUCAGUUUUUUAGAGCGUCAGUUGUUUUCUUUUUUGUAACACAUUUAAAUACAGUAACAACUUUUCAGCUAGGACCAAUAAACAAAGUUUUGUACAAGUACAAAGAACAGUUUUGUUUAAAAUAAAAAAAAAUGCGUAUUGAAUUAACCUGUUCUCUUUAAUAAAAUAAUGAAAUUUGUAAGUUAAUGUUUUAUUUAACAAAUAAAAGCACACUUGUAGGUGAUCACAUUGUCAUCCGUUGCUGAACGGAAAAAAGAACAAGGUUUGCAGUACGUUAGGGGUGAUGCAGUGAUUUUGGGAGGAUUGGGGCCUUGGCUGUGAAACAGAGGCUCUUCCACUUAGGGCGGAUUGUGACUUCAGUGAUUCUCCUGUGUGGUUAUUUAUAAGGUUGCAAGCCUGGACCCCCACUGAGUGUGAGUCAAAGCUGGGGACAGACAGUUGUAUAAUUGCUUGUCUUUUGGUAAACUAUCUCCUCCCCUAUCUUUUGGUAAACUACUUCUCACUCAGUGUCCUUCCCUGUGAAACUGGCUGCCUUUGCAUUAUUUGUUGCCAAAGCCUUUUUUUUUUUCCUUCAGAGAUUUUCAAACUUUCUGCUUUAGCGUUUACCUUCAUUUUGAAAUCUAUAGUUAGGUGUUCCUGAAGUAUUUUGUUGAAGUGUUUCGUGUACUCAAGUAUUCUGAAUGUUGUGAUUUCUUGAUUUCUUUUUUUCCACAGAUUAGAGCUGGAUUAUUACCAUCUUUGCUUUUAAUAUUCUCAUUGCUGAUGUAAUGCCGAAUUUGUGCUGCUUGACUACGAGCACUACUCUGACCCGAGCAGUCGUGAGCCAUUGUUCUCAUUUUUUAUCCUUUUUUUAAGACUUCUUCAGUCUCAUAAAAUGUAGGAAUAUUAACGCCUACACAUUUCACUGCCCCUGAAUGCUGCUGCUGCUCAAUCGGUGAACACUACUACGCGUGACAGAGUAGUCAGAAAGCCUCUUACAAGCUUCCUCAGGGAGAUGCUGUAAGUCAAGGUCAUACUUCUUUCCGCAGAACUUUUCCUGAUUUUGAAUUUGUUUGGUUCAGAAUUUCUGAAGGUCCUCAUUAGAGAAUUCACUCUAGGAACCUGGCAUGGACAGCGUUCCGCACCCCCGUUAACAGUGUUCUGCUAAGCCAGUCCCUGUGUGGUGUUCCUCGGACGUGAUUCUACCACUGCCCGUUUUAGCCUUUCGAAGGCCAUUGUGGAGCAACGGGAUGGAAGGACCACAUCACCUUCUGGAAGCAGUCUGUAUGAAGGCAUCAGAUUUGCAGCUGAGCAGACCAUUCAGAUGCCUUGAGCAUGGCGCAGAUGAUGCUAAUACAUCACUUCCAGGGUUGGUGGUGGUGUGUUGUCUAGUGGCCUUGUGGAUCCUCGUGUGCUUUUUGAAGGAUCCUGUCAUUUGUUACCUGGCAUGGCCUAGAUGAGAAAAACAGGGUGUCCUGACAAUUUUGUCUAUACAUUCAACGUAAAGUAGCUUCCUGUUUGAAAGCUUGUGUGUAUAUUUUAAUCAAAGUAGGAAUAAAGGUCCACACAGCUGUGGAUUAUGCGUUAGUUCCUCUGUAAUAAAAAAACAAAAAAACAAUUUUAGAGGGCUGGGAGGUUUCCUGAACAUGUUGUUUUAUUGCUGGCUGAGCUCUUUCCAUUCCUUUAUUCACUGACACUUAAGUGUCCGCAAAUACCCUUGGUAUGCGCCACUGCCUUGAGAUAAUACCGUAUUUUAUGUUGUUUACUGUUCUUGACAAAGAAUAUUUAUUUGCAGAGGAAACCAUGUGAAACGUACAACUGAAAUUUUCUUAACUGAAAGACGCAUGGAUUGCUCGCUAUGCUGGGAUCCCAUUUGAUAACAGCAAUUAGACUUUUCAAUAUGAUAUCUGUACCGAGACCAAAUGGCACCUAUGUUUAAAACUGUUAAAACUGCCGCGAUUUCACACGGUUGCAAACAUUGACAUAAAACAGCAAUAUAUGAUGGCUGAGGACAAUGUAAAUUACUGUUGAUUUCAAAGUAAGCAAAAAAAUGUAUUUUGUAAGAAAACCCGAUGUAUUCCAAGGUACUCACACUGGUCAUGCUGAUUUCUUUGGUGAUGCAACGAAUGCUGGGAUAGUAACGAACCCAGGUUCUGUGUCUGCCUGUCUGUAUAUAACCAUGCAUGCCAUUCCUGCAGUGUUUUUAUGUGCAGACUCAUUGAUGGCCUCACAGAAGACACCAAACACCAAACUGCUUGCGCUGCACCCUGUAUCACUACGAAUGAGCUGUAAUCACAUCACUCUUUUCAAAUAAACUUCAUUAAA